UCCACGUCGUGAAGAUGAUGAUAUUUCCUGACAGGGCCUCUGGUCUAUGUUUGGUUUGCUGCUUAUUAUUCAGUGUAUAUAGAAAACAAAUAAUCUCAGCACUGUGAAAAAGCUGGAAAAAGGAUUAUUAUGGGGUUGAAAACUCUCUGUUUGGGGAUGUUUUGUGUUAUCUUUGUCUCUCAUAUUUAUACACCCCUACCGGCCAACAUUGAAGAAAGCUGGAAAGUAAUGGUCUUGGAUACAAUUGCUAAAACUUGUACAUUCAUGGCCAUAUGUUUUGAAAAUAUAGGUAUCAUGAGAUAUGAAGAGUUUAUUUCCAUGAUAUUCCAUCUGGAUUAUACUGAACCACAGUCAGAUGAGUACGUCACAGUGACUGAUACUACAUUUGUUGACAUCCCAGUACGUCUGUACGUGCCGAAGAGAAAGUCAGAAACCCCAAGACGAGCUGUAAUCUAUAUUCAUGGUGGUGCUUUCUGUUUUGGAAGCUUCAAGCAGACGGCUCUCGACUUCCUAAACAGAUGGACGGCAAAGACACUAGAUGCUGUCGUCAUAGGAGUAGACUAUAGACUAGCUCCUCAACACCACUUUCCAGCACAGUUUGAAGACUGCCUAACUGUAGUCAAGUAUUUUCUUCAGGAUAAAAUUCUUACAAAAUAUAGAGUGGAUCCUACCCGAAUCUGUAUUUCAGGAGACAGUUCUGGAGGUGCGUUAACAGCAGCAGUGACUCAAAAGGUACAGAAUGAUCCUGAAAUAGAACAUAAAAUCAAAGCACAUGCUUUACUUUACCCUGCCUUACAGGCAAUUGAUUCUUACUUGCCAUCUCACCGAGAAAAUGAGCAUGGUGUAAUUCUGACACGGGAAAUGGCCAUAAAGCUGGUCAGUCUGUAUUUCACCAGGGAUCAAACACUCCCCGAGGCAAUGAGAAGAAACCAGUAUAUGCCCCUGGAAUCAAGACAUCUAUUUAAGUUUGUUAACUGGAGUACUCUUCUUCCUGCGAACUAUAAGAAGGACUACAUUUAUACUGAACCAAUUCUUGGAAGAGCUAGUUUUUCAUUGCCAGCACUUAUGGAUGACAGAGCAUCACCCUUGUUGGCCAAUGAUUCCCAGUUACAGAAGUUGCCACUAACCUAUAUCCUUACCUGUCAACAUGAUCUCAUAAGAGAUGAUGGACUUAUGUAUGUUUCAAGACUGCGAAAUGUUGGAGUUCAAGUUGCUCAUGACCAUAUGGAGAAUGGAUUCCAUGGAGCUUUAUCAUAUAUGACAUCACCAUUUUAUUUACAUCUAGGUCGUAGGAUAAGAGACAAGUACAUUGACUGGUUGGAUAAAAACUUAUAAAUAAUAUAUGAAUAUAUAUUGCAGUGAGUUAUAACUUGUGAAUACUUUGUAGCUGUGUUGCAAAGAAAAAUAUAAUUUAUGUUGUCAAAAUUUAGAUUUGAAUCAUUUAUAACAGUUGCUGUAUAUCUCUGAGCUGAUUAUUAAAUUUUAUCAGUGUAAUUUGUCUAUUUUCCCCUUACUUAUAAUUUAUUAUACUUAUGUUGGCCCUAAUAAGCAGUAAAACUUACUGAAGUUGAGAAAUAAGAAUGAUUAUUGGCAAAUUAAGGAAGACAGUUUCAAGAUAGGCACAGAAAGUGUAGUAGUAGAGAGUGGGAAAAGGAAAAAUAAGGAAAAAAUAUGCACUCAGUAAUGAAGCACAUGUGAAUAUGGGGUAAAACUUUUUUUUCCAAAAAUCUGUCAUAUAUAUUAUCUCAGUUUCUCAAAAACAAGUCACUUCUUCAGACCUUUUGCUGAGUCAAAACCUAAAAUAAGAAGUUGAAGAUUUAUUGCUUGAAAAGAAAUCUCUAGCAUGCUAGUAUGGAUCUGAGUAUUAAGCAUAAUAAACUGAAUCAAGCUAAGCUGUUGGAAAUGCAGUAAAGAAGAAUAUUGUCUGUGUGUGAAUGUUCACAGUCCAGCAAAUCCCUGAAAAAAUGUUGUGUCUACUUGUUCGUUUGAAAUCAGACAUUCUUUCGAGCAUCCAUCAGAAGGCAAUUAAUAUAUAACAGAGUUUUUGGAAAAUUGUUCAUGCAUUGAAUUCUGUGAACAUUUUGUGCCUCUUCUAAUUUCAUAAUAGCUUUUUUGUUUGUUUGUUUCUUUCAUUGCCUUUCCUCACAGCUCCAUUCCUAUAAACAUAGGAAUGGAACAAAGCGAAAGGACUUAAACUCUGAAAUGAAAGGGAAGAUGUGGCUACUGUUGUCAGAUCCUGAAAUCUGGAAAUGUGAAUACUUCUGGAUUAUGCCCUUGCCACCCACAGGGGAAAAAAAAAGAUUCUUAUAGUGACAUACAUACAGGUGUGCAUUGUGUUGUUUAUUUGUGCAAGGUGAAUAUCUUACUGCUACUGUAAUUUGAGUCUGACAUUUUCAGAUCACCCAGUAGAAUGUCAUAUUUUAGUAUUAGUCUUACAUGAGGGUACUUCAGUAAGUUCAUGGAAAUGGAAUUCAACACUAUUUAUUUUGACUCAAAAUAUUUUUGAGACUUAUACAUAUUUUUUUCAUAAUUGUUUUCCAGGAACUUUUUGAAUGCUCCUCAUAUAUUAGGUAUUUGGUAAAUUUAUUUAUUAUGGUUUUGUUUCCAAAUUCCAUUGAAUUCAUAUUAUGUGAAAAUACCAUCUUCCAAGAAAGACUGUUUUAAUUCUGUUCAGUAUGUGUGACUUAUUUUGAUUUUGACGGUGUGAUUUGAUUUUCCUUGCCUAAUAGCGUUGACUAAAACCUCCAAAACAGGUACAUUUGAGAGGCAGAACAAGUAUCUUAACUUUUUCCUAAUUUUAAGGGUAAUGGAAUUUAUAUUUCACUAUUACAUUUGAUGUUAUAUUAGGUCUAGGUUUUCCAUUAUCUGGUUGCAGAUUUUUACUUCUAUUGCUUGUUUGUUAAGGAAAUUAAUAUUAUCAUAUGAUUAAUUAUUUCAAAUGCUUUUUCUUCAUCUAUAGAAUUUAUCAUAUUUUCCUCAGCUAAAUAUGACCUAUACGUUUAGCUUAUUGUUGUUUAUAUAUGUUGUAUAUAAAAUAAUUUAAAACCCAUUCUAAAUGUAUUUUGUAUGUAAUAUAAAAUUAUUUGUAGAAGUGUUAGCAAUUAUUAUCCUCACUUUCAUGAGACAUUUUUGUUUAUUAACUUUCUUUUUUUGGUCUUGACAUAUUUUUGUUUCUGUGUUCAGCUGGUCUCAUAAAAUGAUUCAUAAAGAGUACCCUAUCUACUUGCUUUUUCUUCUUUGAAAAGUUUGUAUAAGCCUCAUUGUAUUUCUUUGUUCAGAGUUUUGAAAAAUUCAGCAAUCAACCCAUCAUGCCUGUGGUAUCUGUUAUAGAAAACUCUUAAAGUUACACGUUAAAACCCUACAUAGUUUUAUUUAUAAUCAGACUGUUUAAAAUUUUAAUCCUAAGUUGCUUUAGUAAUCUUUUUUAUUUCCAAGGAAUUUAGCCAAUUCAUCCAAGAUUUCAAGUUUAUAGUCAUCCUAUUGGUUUUUUUUAAAAGAUUUAUUUUGUUUAUUUGAAAGAUAGAGUUACAGAGAGAGAGGUAGAGAUACAGAGAGAGGUCUCCCAUCCACUGGUUCACUCCCCUGAUAGCUGCAAUGGCCAGAGCUGAGCUGAUCCGAAGCCAGGAGCCAGGAGACUCUUCUGGGUCUCCCAUGCGGGUGCAGGGGCCCAAGCACUAGGGCAUCUUCUACUGCUUUCCAGGCCAUAGCAGAGAGCUGGAUCAGAAGUGGAGCAGCCAGGACUAGAACCAGUGCCCAUAUGAGAUGCCGGCGCUUCAGGCCAGGGAUUUAACCUGCUGCGCCACAGUGCCAGUCCCCAUCUUAUUGUUUAUUAUAUUUUAUAUUGGUCAAUGCCAGUGGAGUUUGGAGUGCUGUCUCUUUUUCAUUUAUGUUAUGAGUUCCCUGUAGAGCCGCUCAAAGAUUUAUAUAUUUAUUUAUUGUUUUCAAUGCCUCUCUGUCUUUUUAUCGAUCCUAUUUAUUUUAUGUUUACUUCAUUAAUUAUUGCUGUUACCUUUAUUAUUUUUUUCUACACAUUUUUCAACUUUUUUGUUGCUUUUACUCUUUUGAGAUAGGUGAAUAGAUCAAAUACACACUUUUUAAAACUACUGUAUAUAAGGCAUUUGAAUAUGCAGAAACUAGAAAUAAUUUUUUGACAUUUUAAAGUUCAACAACAAUUUGGAUGAAUAAGAAACUCUUUCAUGAUAAUAGUAUGUUUAUUUACUUAUAACGAAAUUUCCAGAUCUCCCAUAAUUAAUACAGUGCAACUGUCAGAAACAGUAUUUAUGAAGUGAAAAAAACUGAAUUGAUAUUAAAAAUAUGAUGAAGUACAUGGAUUAUUUAACCAUUGAAGGAAUAUAAUAUUGCUAACAGCUUUCAGUUUUAUGUAUGAAAAAUAAUGUUAGUACAUUGUAAUAUAACAAUACUACUGGCUUUCAAUACAAUGAAAGAAGGCUCUUGAGUCUUUUGCCAAAGACAAACCAGUACAAAUAAUGAGAAUGAAUGGCUUUCACGAGAAUUUACACAUCAGAUUAAAUGAAAUGAAGCAGUGGAAAUCCCACGCUUAAAUGACAUUGAACAAAAAGGGAUCUUUGGUACUAUAAUUUGUAGAUAAAAAAUGCAAUGUUGAGUUCAAACCAGUAACCAAAUAUUAUGUAAAGUCAUUAUGACUUAUUUCCAGAAUUAGCUGGAAAAGAAUAAGCAUUUCUUAUUGCCUUUGCUGUUCCAAUAUUCUUAAAUUAAAUGUGCUAUAAAAACUCUGAUUGUGAUAAAUAAUAGAUAACUUCCUAUAUAAAAAAAGUCAGUUAUUUGGGGGCAGAUAUUUGGUCUCAUAGUUAAAAUGCUACCAAGGAUGCCUGCAUUGCAUGACAGGGUGCUUGAGUCUGAGUCCCAUCUCUACUCCUGAUUCUUCUUCCUGUUGAUCAAGGCCUUAAGAAAUAGUAGUGAUGGCUCUAGAAGUUGGGUCGCUGACCUAUAUAGAAUACUCAGGUUGAGAUCCUGGCUCUUGGCUUUGGCCUGGUCCAGCACAGGCUGUUGCAGGCAUUUGGGGUGUGAAUCGGGAUGGGAGCUCUUUCUCAGUCUUUCUGCUGCCCAUCCCUCUUCUCUUUUUGCCUUUCAAAUUAAUAAAAUAAAAUAAAUUGAUCUAUGGUAGAAUAUUUUUAAAAAGAAAGAAAUCUCUCAACAUGAAAAAUAGAUCAGUAGUUAUCAAGGGUUAGCAGUGGGGAAAAUGUGUGACCUCAGAAGUAUAGUACACGCUAGUAUUGGGGAGUGAUGGAACUAUUAUGCACCUUGCUAUAUAUAUCCAUGUAUUCAAAUCCAUAGUACUAUACAAAAAGAUCUUUGAAGUUUAAUAUAUGUUCAUUUUGUCUUUUUAUUUUUGUGGCUAAAAUUUUAAUCUAUUACAUAUGUAUUUUUCAAUUGUCAUGUCACUAAUGGUAAAAAAAGAGAACAGAUUUCAUGUCACUCAUAGAUAAAAUUCUGAUUAUAAUGACAUUUACCUUAAUGUUCAUUUAAACAAUAAAAUAAGUACUUGACUUUCAAUUUCAACCUUCCGAAUAAGAGACUUAUCUUAACCCCAUUUUUUGAAACAAGUAGAAUACUGUAAAAAUAUGUUAAAAUAUGCUUAUUUUCUUUGAUUUUAAAGAGAAAAGAAAUCUUUUAUUGU